AUGCAGCCAAAUGAAGAAUCAAGUGGAACUGCUCGAAGAAGAUUUGAGGACGAGGGUGGAUUACUGCCAGAUAGCGGUGGUGUCGUGAAGAAUGAUGUUGUGGUCGGCGAUGGCACCGGCGUGAAUACCUGCGGCCUCCGUCAACAUCAGCAGCAACAGCAGCAUUCUCAACGUCAUCGUUAUCGUGAAGAACAGUCGCAGCUCCAGCCGCAUUAUCAACAGCGUCAGGAGGAAGAGCUCGAGGAUUUCCUGUGCUUUCGCGGACCACCGGAACAGGAGAUGGUGGCCCAAGAAAUGGCACAUAGUUACACGCAGCUCCUCCAUCCAGGUCAGGAGCCGCAGGAAUUCAUCUCGUUGGAGGAGCUUCAGCCGCGUAUCCAUCAGGAGCAUCAUGUUCACGAUAAUCACAGUCAGGUCGUUUCAACGAUGUCGCCGACCGGUGCUCAACUCUAUCAGCAUCAUCAUCAACAGCAGCAACAGCGGAGUUACUAUAAUCUCUCGGCUGUUCAAGAAAGUUCGUGUUCCACAGUUUACUUCGGCGACAUAGGUACGGGAUCGGGGGUGGGAGAAGUAACCGUCGCCUCGGCGGGGGGGGGG